GGUGGCGAAGGAAGAUGGCUUGUCUUCCCUGUACUGUAUGCGCUUUAUUUCAAUGGACAACACGGUCAAAGUGAUCGAGUAUCAGAUUCCAGAGACGAUAUUUCGUGGGCUAUUUGGGGCUAGAUUUUACUCGAUAAAGGGUGUUCUUUGCUUGGCUGAGAAACCGGGGUAACCGGUAACCUGAACUUCUCACAUAUUACAUGCAUGCGUCGUUAGUUUUGAUGUCAUGCUUGAUCUCAGGGGAGAACAAGGAAGACCUGUCUAUUAUCCGUCCAAGUUGGUUCUCGACCAUACCAAGAAAACGAGCUUGAAACCACGUUUGUAGCAAAUCCAUCGUCGAUCAAAGGUAGUCCCUUCAUUCGAGAAACAUCUUGAUUUCGAGGACACGUCGCGGGGUACAAAGGGCUCGACCAAUGACGGGUAAGCGCCUACAUCCACUACCUUGCCAUGACGCAGAGUUGCCAGGAAAUCUGCAGCCUUCCAGCUUUCCCAUCAUUAUUCGGUAGGAAAAACUUCAAUAUGAUGUGGCUCACCAAACCAUAAGCUUCUCGGUGGCUGACGUAAAGAGCCUGGAAGUUGAUACUUUGUGGCAUCAUAGCUCCCUAGAUGUGACGUAUUCACAUCAUAUCCAAGCUAUCCAAGCUCUAUGCUUCCAAGUAAACCGGAAAUUAGCAGUGUGAUAUUGCAUACAAGAAGAGCUCACGGGUUCAGUAUGAGCUCAAAUUUUAUUCUGCAUGACCACUACUUUUAAUAAACAGUACAGACCAUAAUACGAAUAUUACGAAUCACUAAGAUACCCAACAACCGAGUAUGACAGACACUGAAGACAACCCGCAACAAACUUUGAGAGCGCCAAAAGACGCUUCAUCCAAGACAGAAAAAUCUCCAACCAAGACAUUUUCAAAAUCCCCAGCACCAAAGAGUGCCAAGAAGAACGUUCCAAAAUCUCCAUCAACACCGGAGCCAGUACAAACCCGUUCAGAACCUCCCGAUUCUCCAGACAGAAUGGCUCAAUCAGCCGUUUCAGACAACGAAGACCUCACCAAUGAUUAUGAGGGAGAAGAUGAAGAGACCGAGGAGAACGGUGUCGCAGAGGGAGAAGAGGAAGGAAGAGAAGAAGAUGACGAGGAGGGACAAGAGGAGGAAUUGACUGAGCGUGAUCCAAACGAAGAUUCACGUAACUUGAGAGAUGCUCCAGAGAAAGCUUCACAUGCUUCUGAUGAGAAAGAAGUAGAUGAUGUUCGAAAGAAGGCUACUAAAGCCGGUAAGGGCGUCAAAAGUAAGGCUACUACCACCGGUAAAGCUGCUAAGAAGACAACAGAGUCUAAAGCUGAAAAUGCCAAGGACAAGACCAAGUCAAAGGCUGGAGACGUCAAGAAGACUGCAGAAAAGACUGGCGAAAAGGCCGGAAAAGUUGCAGAGAACGUCGAGCCUGCAGGAAAAGUCGAUGAAAAGGGCCAGGUCGUUGACGAUGAUGGAAAUGUCAUUGGAAAGGUUAGUCAAGCCGACAUUGACAAGUCCAAACUCAAGGGCAGUAUCGUCAACGAGGAAGGAGAUGUUUUGGACAAGGAAGGUCGUGUAAUUGGAUCUGCCGAUCCAGUUGAAGAUGCCGAUGAGAACGCCGAUGGUUUGAGAUCUCCUGCCGAUAGCGCCAAAUCUGGUCUUGAAGGAGAGCAACAAGAUGUCGAUGCCAAAAAGCCGAUCGUCCCUCAAUCCAAACUCAAGGGUCCAUUUGAAAUCCAAGAGUCUGGUGAGAUUCUUGAUGCCGAUAAAAAGGCAAUUGGUAAACUCCAAGAUGAUGUUGACCUUAAAUCUUUGGUCGGCAAGCAAGGUGCCAAUGUCGACGAUCAGGGAAAUCUCGUCGGAGAGAAUGGCACUAUUCUCGGAAAGGUCAACUUGCUUCCACUUGAUCAACUCCCAAUUCCAGAGAGUGUCAGAGAGCAGAUCAUGAAUGUCGCUAUUCCAGAAGGUAUUAGCCAGCUUGGCUCCAAGGCUGAUCUCGGAUCACAAGUUUCAGAAGGCCAGAAGGAUAUUGAAGGUGCUGUCGAAGAAGGCAAAGACACCGCUGAAGGCGCCAAGGAUGAAGCCGAAUCUAACAUCCCACCUGUUUCCAUCCUUGAAGGACUCAAGGUCAACAAGGCCGGAAAGAUCGUUGAUAGGGAAGGUAACCCCGUUGGCCAACUCAUUGAAGGCGAUGCCAAGAAGCUUGCUGGAAAGAAAUGCGACAAGGAGGGAAAGAUCUACAACGACACCGGUAAGGUCAUUGGCCGCGCCGAGCCUCUCCCAGAAGCCGAGGAAAAUGCAUCUUCGCCCUUUGAGGAUUUCCCUGGUGCUAUUGUUGAUAAGUCAGGAAAGGUAAUCUUCGAGGGACAAAUCAUUGGUCAAGUUAUCGAUGGAGAUGUGAAGAAGAUGAUUGGCAAGACUGUUGACGAGGAUGGUGACAUUCUCGACAAGCAUGGCAACGUCAUUGGAAAGGCAGAACGUACCGAAGAAGAGCCAGAGCCGGAGGCGGAAGGACCAGAUUACUCAGUCCUAUUCGACAAGAAGGUUAACAAGCUUGGAAAUGUUACAGAUGACUCCGGUCGUGUGGUUGGUCGUAUUAUUCAAGGUGUCUUAAAGAACAUGAUCGGUCGCCGAUGUGAUAAGGAUGGAGCUAUCUGGGGCGAUAACGGCAAAAAGAUCGGUCAAGCUGAGCCAAUUCCAGAAGCAGAGAAGGAAGAGCUCAAGGAGCCAGCACCAUUUGAAGACUUCCCAGAUGCCACUGUUGAGUCCAACGGUGAUGUUGUCCACAAUGGCGAGGUUAUCGGCAAAGUCAUUGAAGGCGAUGCCAAGAAACUCAAGGGCAAGAAGGUUGACGCAGACGGGGAUAUCUUAUCCGCAAGCGGCAACGUUCUUGGUAAGGCCCAGCGUUGGGAAGCUCCCGAAGCUGAACCAGUGCCAGAAGUCGACAAUUCUUCCUUAGCAGGAAAGCGCGUAAACAAGGCGGGCAAUGUCGUCAACAAGUCCGGCGAAAUUUAUGGUCGUGUUGUGGAGGGAGAUAUCAAGCAACUUGCAGGCAAGAUGUGCGACAAGAAUGGCUUUGUUAGAAAUGAGGGAGGCGAUAUCAUUGGCAAGUGUGAAGCCGUUCCAGAGGGUGAUCGCGAAGGCUUGAAAGAAGGUCCCUUCACAGACUUUGACGGUUGCACAGUUAACAAGGAAGGCAAGGUUGUUACCUCAGCUGGUGAAGUUGUCGGUCGCUUGGUAUCCGGUGAUCCCAAUGUUCUAUUUGGACGAGCUGUCGAUGAUGAUGGCGAGAUUGUUGAUAAGAAUGGUAAUGUUCUUGGAAGAGCGGAGAGAUGGCAGGAGGAGGAGGCCAAGAAAGAUAUCAACCCAAUGUCUGGUCGUAAAGUUAAUAAGGAGGGUAAUGUAGUUGACGAGAACGGAGAUGUAAUUGGAAAAUUGACCAGUGGAGAUAUCAAGGUCUGCGCAGGCAAGAAGGUCGAUGACGACGGAGAUGUUGUUGAUCAAAAGGGUAACUCACUCGGACACGUGACUCUUCUUGAUGAUAUUGUCGAAGAUGAACCCGAGCCGGAGCUAGAGGUAGAGGUAGAAGAGCCUGAGCCUGAACUAGAACCACAAGAGACGGAAGAAGAGAAAAAGAAGAGAGAGGAAGCCGAACUCGAUCAGAAGAUUUGUAAACAAAUGAUUUACUGCGUCGAGGAUGCUCUUGAUAAGAUCAAGCCAAUUCUCAAGAUGAUCACUUCACACAUCGACAAAGCUGAGCGUACACCAAAAGAUGAACUUGAUGAAGAGGACCUUGUCAACAAAGUCAAGCCAUUGAUCGAAGAAGGUGGUCGCAUUCUUUCUGAGGCAAACGCCUCCAUCCGUGCUCUUGACCCUGGUGGAAGACUUCAAUCUCAAGCCAAGGCCAAAACAGCAGCUCAUGAAGCUACUCCAGAGGAGUAUCACUUGGCUGACUGUAUCAAGGAAGUAUGUUCCCUUGUUAUUUCACUAUAAAACGAUAAUUUACUAAUUAUAAUUCACAGCUCACUGGAGUUGUCACCGAGACGAUCGAAAACGCCAAGAGAAAGAUUGAAGGCAUGCCUCACGCCAAGAAGGAAAUCAAUCCUUUGUGGUCUCUCCUCUCAGAGCCACUUGCUCAGAUUCUUGCAGCCGUUGGCUUGCUAUUGAGUGGUGUACUCGGCAUAGUUGGUAAAUUGGUAAGUCAUCACGUGGACUCCCUACUCUUCAUGAACACGUGUCUAACAGUCUCUACAGCUCAGCGGACUCGGUCUCGGAGGCUUGCUCGAUAACCUUCUCGGAGGUCUUGGUUUGAAGAACCUUUUGAACGGUCUUGGACUUGGAAUGGUGGUUGAUUCCCUCACGGGCAAGAAGAAGAAAUAGAUGAUUUCACGAUUUUCACGAACGAUUUGUAUUUUAUAGCGGUUUUAUUUGGAUUGGGAAAAUUAGCCUAUUUCUUUCUAUGUUUUAUAACUAACUAGUCGAUUUGUUGAUUAUUCAUGUAUUUUAGCCA